AUGAAAAAGUUCUCUCUUGGUCUUGUUGGGUUGGGCGUUUUUGGUCUCGGAACUUACAUCACCACACAAGUGUAUAAAACAAACAAAGAAUUAGAAAAAGUGAGGUCGAUGCAAAAAGAAAACCAAGGAGUUGUCAGCCAUGACCAUUCCGAUCAUGGAGAUGAUUCUUGCAGUUGCAAUUUUUCAGUAGAUAAAACAAGAGCAAUUUAUAACAGAAUUUCAAAAAAUUAUGAUGAUAAAGUGGAUUUUGAUGAAUGGCUGAUUGGAGUGACUGGUCUCCGUAAAAAACUCAUGCUUCACGUUGGAGGAAAUGUUUUGGAAGUCGCUGCAGGCAGUGGAAGAAAUUUAUCGGAAUAUGAAAAACGAUUAUCGAAUAUUGAACACUUGACACUGACCGAUUAUUCUGGAGGAAUGUUAAAACAAGCAAAAGAAAAAAUAGAAAAAAAUUUUCAAAUCCUGAUAUUGUCACUUUAA